CGAUGGCUUUCCUCUGCAGUGCCAUUUUUAGGGUUGGCACAGAACACAGCAUACUGUCCAGAGCAUGUAUUCACAGACUUGAGCUGCUGCCUUAGAAAUAUUCUAUCAUGGAGUGCAAGCUUAGAAGUGAUUUAGAUUGUGUGGUCACUCUUCCUCAUAAAAAAUUGGUACAGACCUGUCUCAGCACUGCUGCACUACGGCCUUUUUCCCUUUGCUAAAUAUCCGAGUACUGUGAUGAUCGCUUGGGUAGAAAUGUGAGUGAAUCUCUAAUCAGAUCGACCACAAAUAUUAUCCCCGUUUCAUUAACUCACUAUUAUUAGGCGCUAUAUUUCUCUGCCCUAUUUGUAGUCUAAUUUCUGUAAGUACCAAUAAACGUAGAUAAUAUAUCUGUGUAGAAACAACUUAAGCAUGCAGUGCAGCACCACUGUCAACACUUAAAUAGUCUCCCAGAGUUAGGAUGGAGAGAAUCAUCUUGAUGCUGUGUAAGACAAAAUGUCAUCCUGCAAAUUUGUUGAAGACUCGGUUAAAAAACGCUGGCCUGUAUAAUGACCUGUGACCUGACAGUCAAUGACCUGACUGUUUAAAAACUUGUAAACAUCUCUUUUUAUAGUAAGAAGCACUUGAGUAGAACCAAAACCUUGUUGUGUUCUAAAGAACAUUUUAAUUCAAGACAACAGAUAUAGACGGUGCCAAAUACUUAUUGUAUACUAAUUCUUUUCUUUCCGCUCCACUCAUUUUUAGUUGCAGCCCGAGUGCUGUCUAAAGGGCACCACGUUCUGCAUAAUGCUGAGCUGAGUGUGAGAAAGCCUGCCUCAAAGGACCCGCGCAAACUCCUGCUGCGGGGGAUCAACCCGAACACCGACACAGAGAUGAUAGAGCUCUACGUGGAGAACACAAUGGGACAGGAAGACUACUCUCUGUAUCCCUCACCGGGGAGAGAUUUGAUCCUCAUUCAGUUCUACGAACCGCUCGCAACAGAUUUCCAAACACUUAGCACACAAAUCUCUAAGAGGACACUUGAUGGGGCUCAAGUAACCGUGGAACAGGUUGAACAACCCGACUCAAUCUUAGUGGGGAAUCUGCACCCUGGAACCACUCCGGACCACGUCACUUUGUACUUUGAGAGCAGUCGCGGUGGGAACCAGGACGUAAAGGAGGUCAUCGUGCUGUCAGAGAGUACAGCAAAGGUGUCCUUCUGUAACUAUGAAUCUGUGGAUGCUGUCCUGGCUCUCUCACACAAACUUGAGGGUGCUGAGCUCUCAGUGAAGCCCUACUUCGAUUUUCUUGUACCUGUAGAAAGUAAAACAUCGCAAGAAGUUGAGACAAGCCAAGACACAACUGAGAACUCUGAGGAGGUGAAUGAUAUUGAGAUGCAGACGAGUCCUCCCACGGCAGCCAGUUCCAGCAAUCACCCUGCAAGUGAAAUGGCUUUGGAGCCCGUUGCUGCUCCACCUCCUCUACCAACAAAGGUAGAGGAGGUGGAGGUAGAGGAGGUGAAAGAAGAGGAGGCAGAGGAAGUCAUGGAGGAUCAAAGUGAUGAUUCAGAUACAAUAACAUGUCAUAUUGCUCUCACAGACCCAGGGAAACAUGCUUUGUUUCAGCAUAGUACCAUUCAAAGGGACAUCAAGAACACGAACCCGAAUGUUAUUAUCCAAACUAAAGACGAUGGUGUUUACAUCGAAGGACCUGAUAGAGCACAGGCAGAGCAGGUUAAACAAACCAUCAUGGACUUUCUCUGUAACAUAGCAGAGGCUCAUUUCACACUUGAGCUGGAAAAGGCUCAAUUUCUUGCCAGAAAAGAUGUAAAGGAACGGCUUCUACAAGCCAUGACACAAAGUGGCUCGUCUACUCUGUACACCGUAUCAGACUCUAAUAUUACCGUAACGUCUCUAGCCCAGGACUCGGCUAAAAAGGCGUGCAGCUUUUUAAAAUCCCAAGUGUGUUACUUCAGCAUGCUGGCGGACCAGGAAAAUGAGUGCAUGCUGUAUUGCAGAGAGUGGUCAGAGUUCCUGCAGACUCUGAGUUUCUGCUCUGUAAAGGUGUCAGAACGAGGAGGGAAUAUUGAUGUUUGGACUCUGACGGGGAUGGAGAAUGAGAAGCAGGCCGCCAUCAUGCAGUUUCUGACCACACCUAUUGAAAGGGAGACGGUCAUCUCUAUGGAGCCGGGCGUGCUGAAGUACAUUCAGAUCCACUGUCAUCAGCUCUUGGCUGACAUGGACCAAGUGUCUAUUUUUCCACUAGAGGCCGAGGAUAAUUGUGGCUUAAAGAUCCACGGCCACGUUGUUGCUUGCCAAAUGGCAGAGGAGGUGCUGCAAGGUGUAGUUUCUUCAAUCUGCACUAGAACCAUCACAGCAAACACUCCAGGAGUGGCCCGGUUUUUAGGUGAAAAGGAGUGUCAGAGCAUUCUGAAUGAGAUGGAGGCAAAGUUUUGUGUCUACAUCAGCCCCAAAUAUGUGCCCUGGAAGCCCCUGCCUCACCAGGACAUCUUUGAAGCUGCGUGGCAGAUGAUGUUUCACAAAAACUUCCCGAAAAUGUCUGCACAGGAGUUGAAGUCAGAUUCAAUGCAAAUUGAUGCUUCAAAUGGAGGUCUUUUAGAGGAGGCGAAGAAAAUCGUCUCGGCUAUUGAUGAGAGACUGGUGCACAGUGUGCCCACUUCAGACCAGCAGGAAAACAUGGAUAACGUAGACCUGUACACGGCGUCAGAUGACCCAAGCAGCCUGAUGGACCAGGAUUCUGAUGUGACAGCUGUUGACUCGGAUCAGAACACUGCGAGCGGCUUAUUAUUCAAUAAUGGAGCUCUGGGCCAUUCUAGCGAUCUGGAGGAAGAGGCCCAGCUGUCUUUAGCUAUCCAGUACUCCAUGGAGUCGAGCCACUGGACCCCGGAGGACGAAGAGGAGCAGCUGCAGAAAGCCUUGGAGUUGUCCAGGAAUAUGAGCCAGAAAGAAAGCUCUUCUAAUGGGGCUGAUGAGACACCCCAGGUGCACCAGCCAAAGAAGGCUAAUAUCAAUAUUCCCCUGAAAGAUGCAAUCGAAGCAGCCAACACCAUCCAGUUAUUUGUGUUUGCAGGCUAUAACUGUGACUUGAUUCGGGUGGACAUAGCCUUUGGUAAGAAGGUGAGCCAGAGACAGGUUGAGGAGAAAAUAGAGCACAGGAACUUGAGGAAUAUGUCAGAGUACUACAAGACAUGUCUGGACGUUAUCAAGAGGAAACAUGCAGUUGAGAUCCAGAUUCAAGGGACCAUAAUCACCGUAUCUGGUUUCAAAGACUUUGUGAUGGGAGCUGUGUGUGAUGUUAAGCUGCUUCUGGAGAAAAUCUCCAAUUCUGUAUCAGAACGGGAAAUCCUGAAUACUGUGCAGUGGUUGUGGCACGACCCAAUCUCCUCCGUCACUGCUCCUUAUUCUCCCGAAGCCACAGUGUUCAUUGAGAAUGCCUUUAGAAAUAAGCUGAAGAAGGUUGACAUCUUGCUAGACAAUCAGCCGCACACAAUCAACUUUGAGAAGAUGCAAGAACACAACAUCGCUUCGGGGAAAUCAGCGCAGAUCUCCAGGAAGUUGCUCGAAUUAGACGAUUUAGGUGACAGUGUACAAGAAGACGACUACUCCGUGCUAUCAAACUUCCCUGAAGCAACCAAAGUGGACGAGGAAUCUGAUGAAUUCCAGAACGUGGUGAAGCAAUUCUACGAGACCAUUCAGGAAUACCACAGCAAAAUCCGAAUCAUACAGGUUGAGAAGCUCAUGAACAAGCUGUUGUACAAUCAGUACAAGCUUAAGAAGGCCAGCGUAUUGCAGCGCGCCACCUACCCGCAGAUCGAGCGCACCCUGUACCACGGCACGAGCGAGAGCAGCGUCAAGGAGAUAUGCAUCCAUGGCUUCAACAGAAGCUUCUGUGGAAAGAAUGCCACCGUCUACGGUCAGGGGGUCUAUUUUGCUGUGAACUCGGCUCUAUCGGUCCAGGAUCAGUAUUCCCCCCCAAACGCGGAUGGAUACAAGUUUAUUUUUGUGUCCAAAGUUCUAACGGGAGACUACACCAAAGGCUGCCAUUCGAUAAAGACGGCCCCGCUGAAGGAGACAGGAGAUAUCCCCCUCAGAUACGACAGUGUGACUGAUAACAUUACCAAGCCGUCGAUGUUUGUCAUUUUCAACGACACACAAGCUUUUCCAGAAUAUCUCAUCACAUGCCAGAGAAUCCACCGCUGAGGAGAAUGGAUUAGACGCCGGCGAUGAAAUUUAGAGAGAGAGCAGACUGCUGAUGCUUUAAUGUUUCUGCCUUCAGUUUAAAAAGCAAUUUUGGUUUAUAAAGGGCUAAGGUGUAAUCAUUUGAUCAGCCGUAAUCAAACCCAUGAAGUGCUUCUCUGUUGAUUGUUUCCCCUCUUUGAUUUCCUCACUAUGUUGUAAUGUUAUUAAAAGGAAUCAAGCGACUGAACCCAACAAGCCAGUUUUCAUUCAGUAACCUUAAACAUGCCCUUUCAGCACAUUUACAGCUCAUUGUUCCGCAGCUUUACAUAGACAGCACUUAUUGUGUGACAUUUGACUUGUAAUAGUCGAUUUGGUUCUCACUGGCAUCACUCCCACACUCCAGUUAAUAUUAGCCUGGCUUUUCCUCUGUUAAUGUCAUUGUAUUCCUAUAAGUGGAAGACACGUUUUUGCUGACAGUACUACAUGCACCCCCGUCUGCCUGCUUCUAUCAGUAUGAGGUUAUUGUGAAUGAGUCACAUCUGAUAGUACAAGAAUAUGACCCCUAUUUAGUUUUAUGUUUGGGUUAAGUUAUUUGAGGUUUUUUUUUUCUUUCUUUUGGCUGUGCAAGAAUAAAACUUAAGUGUGGGUAAAAUAAGAGCAAAAAAAAGAAAAGUAGAGGUGUGUGGUCCACUGCUCUACAGCUGGACGCCAGUGAUCUUCACGUACAGGUGGGCUUCGGUUGAAAACAUUUAUUCUUUGUCAAAUUAAAAAUAAAUCUGUCUUGUUUUGAGUCUCGUGAUCUAUGUUCUGUCUUAAAAAUUUAAAGCCGUAUAUCCAUCACAGCUGUUGCACACGCCAUGGACUGUGUGCUGCUGUUUUUCUGAACCAAAAUGAUCUGUGAGCUCCAGUAUGUGUGUUGCACAACAUGUGAUAGUUCUUGAUUGUCUUCUCUCUACUUCUGCUGAUCCUUGUUUAAUGAAGUGAGCACAGACAGCCUGAUUUUAAUUACAGUGCCUUCAUUUUUCCAAGUGCUCUCAUAAGAAGUCCAUCCAUUCAUCCAUUCUCUUCUGCUUAUCCUUAUCUGAUCAAUUCUUGGAUUUUAAUUAAGUCCUGGAAGGUUUUGGCCCUGGGUUUUUGCUGUGUUUAAUUUAGAUAGACUUACAGUUACUACAAAAGUCUUUUGUUUUUAGCAUCAUGUUUGUUGUUUUUAAUGAAGAAUAUUUAGUUUUAAGAGAACUCCACUUCAUUUAUACGAAAAAUAAAACUUUAAAUGAGAAA